AUGAAGGUCUUGCAAAUCGCUCUCGUAUUUUCGGCUAUAGUGGCCAUAGCCUUCGCUGCAAACGCCAGUUGGGGGGCUAAACUGUCCAGCAGUAAGUUGGUCAGCACUCAGAACGUGACCCUCCACAAGAAGGCAAACCAAUAUGUGAGCAGUCUCAUCAGUUUCCCCCUGACGGGCCAGACCAACACAAAAACCAUUCGGUACAUUAGCAUAACUGAUAGGUUUACCAACAGUUCGGGACCGUCUUCCACCUUGUGGUCAGGUGGGCCAGGAUUCAUUAGUGCCAUGGUCAAUGUCACGAGCCAGCUUUCCCAAGGAAUCAACGUGACUGCUCAAUUUUGGGUCGAUGCCUAAGCUUCCCGGAUAAAAAAUCGUAAAAUUUCAUGUUUUGUAAUAAAUAAUAAUAUAAUUCCGAAUUGGUAAAUAAAUAUUUUCAAAGCUCAAGAU